CACAAUAUCCUUAAAUAAAUCACCAUCUCUAUAAAUUAAUAAAACACAAAUUUGUGGCACCAGGAUUGGGAACGCAACUCAAGCUGGUUACACAGCAGCGUAGUCGGCAGACAUUUACUUCAACAAACUUUGGGGCUGCAAGUUCUGUGUGAAUGGACGUGUCGUCAAAGAUUGAUUUAGCCCAUCUGUCUCAAGAUAUUGUAGAACUAUGGAAUGAAUGGCAGAUUCGGUCUUUAAUGUUACUCAGUCUCCUUCUGCAAAUCUUGCUCACCUUUGUUGGACAACGACGGAAGUAUACUAAUGGACGUUUGCUGGGGACUUUUCUUUGGGUAGCAUACCUGUCUGCAGAUUGGGUGGCAACUUUUUCGUUGGGUAUCCUUGCUCGCAGCGAAGCUGACUCCGCAAAUCCGAAAUUAAUUCCUGUGUUUUGGGCUCCAAUCCUUCUUGUUCACCUCGGUGGCCCUGGAACUAUUCCUGUUUAUUCAAUGGAUCAAGCCAGUAAAUUAUUGAUAGUUCGCCUUCUUCAGCUAGUAACCCGAGUUGGUGUGGCUUGUUAUGUAUUGUUCAGGUUAUGGAACAACAAUGUCAUCACGUCGGUAUUCAUUCCCAUCUUUGUAUCAGGAAUCAUCAAAUAUGGUGAAAGGAUUUGGGUUUUGACGAGAAUCCACGUAUACAAUAAUGUGUCGCCACAACCUUUUGCGGAAGUACAUCGCAUCAAGAUUAAAGAUAUAUUACCCUGCUACAAGAAUACAAGAAGUGAGGUCAUAUAUCUCCAUGAAUCUUAUAUUUUAUAUAAAACGUUCCAGGUACUGUCCAAGAAUUUUGAUCUCGUCAGAUUGGAUCAAAAAUUCACCUAUGAUUUGGUUUCUAAAAAGGAAGCGGAGGAAGCCUUCCACUUGAUAGAAGUUGAGCUGGGAUUCAAGUAUGAUCGGCUUUAUUCUAAGGUGACAAGGAUUUCCAGGUGUCGCGUCAUUCUCCGCUCUACCACCUUCUUAUCAUCUAUUUCUGCAUUAGUUUCCUUCUCAAUAAUGACAAAGAGCAAUAGUGUCUAUUCGAAAAACGAUAAGAUUAUAUCUUACGUGUUGCUGAGUGGAGUUGUGUGCCUUGAAACUUAUUCCAUCAUUAUGCAUCUCUUUUCCGACUGGACUAUUAUUUGGCUUACCAGUACUAGUGAAAGAGCUGGUGGUAUUCCCCGUGGAAUCAAUUGUCUUUCUCUGUUACUAACAUUUUGUAGGAAGUGCAAAAGAUAUUGGUCAGGAUCUAUGGGACAACACAACCUAAUAAGUGCUCAAUCAAACAACAAGCUUCUUAAGAAGUACUUUCCAUGGAUCAUAGGGAGCAUUGAUAGCCGGCAAAAAGUGGGGAAGGAUUUAAAAGAAUUGAUCUUCAAACAAGUCAAGGAUAAACGUUCAAGGUACGAUCCCGAUAUCAGUGAUUUCACUUUCCUCAAGAAUCUAUUGAAAGAGAGAGGUCGCGAGGCACUUCAAAGCAAGGAUUGCAUCGGUAAAUUUGGAUGGAGUGUGGAUGGUGUAGAAUUCAUUCAUAGCCUCCUCACUUGGCACAUUGCUACUCAUGUUUGUUACUUAUAUGAUUCUGAUCAGAAGAACGGUUUUCACAAGAAGCGAAAAAGUGUAAUAUUGAACAGCACAUUAUUAUCCGAUUACAUGUUGUAUCUUCUGGUUAAUUGUCCAACCAUGUUAACGAGAGAGCCCAGCGAAACAAGGUAUAAUGAUACGAGAAUCCAUUUGCGUCGUCUCCUCUCCUGGAAUACACAUAAAGCAGUAAAGCUCAGCAUUUCCAUGGAAGAAUUGAAUGCAUUAUCGUUUCAGGAAGCUGAAGUGAAAUCCUUUUUCAAAGAAUUGCUUCAAAGUCCGUCUACCGUGUUAAAGGAAAUUGAAGAACAAGGCAAAGGAGAAAUGUCGGCCCUGCUAGAUGGUUGCAUGCUUGCUGUGUCAUUGCAGUCAUUGGAGACACGGGAUGGUUGGUCAAAUGACAAGAAAUGGGAAAUGAUAAGUCAUGUGUGGGUGGACAUGUUGAUGUAUGCCGCAAGUCAUUGUGGAUGGAAGCAGCACACUCAUGCACUUGCCCGAGGUGGGGAGCUACUCACUCAUGUCUGUCUUCUCAUGGCACAUCUCGGUUUAAGCAAGCAGUGUCGACCUGGAAUAAAUGAACAAUUAGCUGAUCGGUCUAGAAGGCUUGCUGGUAUUCUUGAGUCUGAAAAACCUAGCUCCCUGGGUCUGAGGUAUAUUUCUGUGGAGUAGUGCUGUUAUUUUUAAUGCUUCAAUAAGGAUGGAACUUUCUCAUGUAUUGUUAUACUAUGCCUUUUAGCUUUAUUUUGUUGUUUUGAU